GAGAGUUGCGCGCGGUUUGUCAGUUUUAUUCUCUCCAUCAGACUCCAGGCUUGUAGAAGCAAAGCGCGCGUCGGACACCGAGAGGAUGGAGCGGAUGGAGUCGAUGGAGCCGAUCUCAGCGCACUACACCACGGCUUACCCGGAGAUCCAGCCCGACAGCGGGUACGAGUCCAGGGAGACCACCGACAGCCAGGCGAAGUCUCCACCAGCACCGGCAUAUGACGAGGAAUUAGUGCACAAGACGAUCCUGGUCGGGGACAGUGGAGUCGGGAAGACGUCUCUGUUGGUGCAGUUCGAUCAGGGGAAGUUCAUCCCUGGAUCCUUCUCUGCUACAGUGGGCAUCGGAUUCACGAAUAAAGUGGUGACUGUUGAUGGUGUAAAGGUCAAACUACAGAUUUGGGACACAGCGGGACAGGAACGCUUCAGAAGUGUGACACAUGCGUAUUACAGAGACGCACAUGCUUUGCUCCUCCUGUAUGACAUCACCAGCAAAACUUCCUUUGACAACAUCAGGGCCUGGUUAACAGAGAUCCACGAGUAUGCACAGACUGAUGUCGUCAUCAUGUUGCUGGGCAACAAGGCCGACAUGAACAGUGACAGGGCGAUCAGGAGAGACGAAGGAGAGAGGCUGGCCAGAGAGUACUCAGUUCCUUUCAUGGAGACAAGUGCCAAGACAGGAGUCAAUGUAGACCUGGCCUUCAACGCUGUCUCCAGGGAACUGAAGCACCGGGCCGCCGAACAUCCCAAUGAACCCAAGUUCCAGAUCCAUGAAUACAUCGAAGCACAGAAGGAGAAGUCAGGCUGCUGCAGCUACUUUUAGAUGUCCUCUCCUCAGUCGUCCUCCCACCACGCUGCUACUGAGUGGGAGGAAGCCCUGAUUGCUGCUCCCAAAAUACGAUGCUGCCAUUCAUUCAAGAUCCAAAGCCAAAGGGAUAAACCGAGCUGUAGAGCCACAAGUUCACAGUUUUCUUCUGCUGAGAACAGCUUAUUCAACUAUGUAAACUGACAUUUAUCAUUACAAACAACUGAAUAUUUGUAGUAGAAAUUGGAUUUUUAUGAGAAAAUAUCCUUAUGCUAUUUGCUUUUUUUUUCAGAGUUAGAUGAACAGAUUAUAACUUCUCUUGCGUGUUAGUACUAGUGGCGGGAGGAAAAAGCUAGCCUGGUUCUGUUUGAAGUUUAACCCUCUGGGUCCAUUUUAAUUUACUAC